UGACCUAAACCAAGCGCACCUUCUUUCAGCCCAUGACGUCAGUGUGUCCAUCUGAACCAACGAUUUGGACUGGGGCUCGAGCGCAAAACUAUCGCUAAACUCAACUGUUGCUUGGUACGUUUGGCAUCCUUACAUCAGCGACGACAACAACGAAGUGACAGCUUUAUUCUGGUAAUCGUGCUUUCAAAUCAUAUUUACUUGAGGUAGGUUUAUUAAUAGUCGAGCGGUUAAAUGUGUCUUUCUUGUUUCUCCUCAGUUUUCUUGAUGAUAUGGAGCGAUGCUUUAGUGUUAGCGGGGACAGUGGUGGCCUCACAGCCCCUGCUUCUCCCUCCCCUGUGUCCCCCGUCCUCACCCCGACCCCCCCACCGCGGAGAGCCAGAGUGAGGUACCCAGCSAUGGUGGACGUGGGGAAGUGGCCCCUCUUCACCCUGCUUGGGGCUCAGGAGGUCUCCUGCAUCAGGCAGGCCUGUGUCUUCGGAACCUCAGCCAACGAAGCUAUCUACAUCACCCAGGACGAUGAGGUGUUUGUGUUUGGGCUGAACUGCAGUAACUGUCUGGGGACAGGAGACAGUCAGAGCACCAUGGUCCCUAAGAAACUAGACUUCCUCCGAGGCAAGAAGGUGGUCAGUCUCAGCUAUGGCAGUGGACCACACGUCUUACUGGCCACAGAAGGGGGAGAGUUGUUUGCCUGGGGGCACAAUGGAUACAGCCAGCUGGGCAACGGGACCACCAACCAGGGGGUGUCACCCAUCCUGGUUUCAACCAACCUGCAGAACAAGAAAAUAACACACGUGGCCUGUGGGUCCCAUCACUCUCUGGCCCUGACACACGAUGGAGAGGUGUUUGCGUGGGGUUACAACAACUGUGGCCAGGUGGGUUCAGGUGCCACAGCCAACCAGCCAACCCCCCGCAGGGUGACCAACUGCCUGCAGGGUAAAGUGGUGAUGGGCAUYGCCUGUGGACAGACCUCCUCYAUGGCCGUGCUCGACAACGGGGAGGUGUUUGGCUGGGGCUACAAYGGGAAUGGCCAGCUGGGAGUGGGCAACAACGGUAACCAGCUGACCCCCUGUCGCCUGGCAGCCCUCCAGGGUCUCUGUGUACUACAGAUCGCGUCAGGCUACGCCCACUCCCUGGCUCUAACAGACGAGGGCCUGCUGUAUGCCUGGGGGGCUAACACUUACGGACAGCUGGGUACUGGCAACAAGAGCAACCAGCUCAGUCCUGUACACAUCAUGGCUGAGAAGGAGAGGAUAGUGGAGAUUGCGGCGUGCCACUCCACACACACAUCUGCCUGUAAGACCCAGAGCGGCCAGGUGUACAUGUGGGGCCAGUGUAGGGGUCAAUCCAUCGUGCUGCCACACCUCACACACUUCUCCUGCACUGAUGACGUCUUCGCCUGCUUCGCUACGCCGUCUGUCAUGUGGAGGCUACUCUCCAUGGAGCAUGAUGACUUCCUGACUGUGGCCCAGUCUCUGAGGAAAGAGUUCGACAGCCCUGAGACGGCUGACCUCAAGUUCAGCGUGGACGGGAAAUACAUCCACGUACACAAGGCUGUGCUCAAGAUCCGGUGUGAACACUUCCGCUCCAUGUUCCAGUCCCACUGGACAGAGGACAUGAAGGAGGUGAUUGAGAUCGACCAGUUCUCCUACCCCGUCUACCGCUCCUUCUUGGAGUUCCUCUACACUGACAACGUAGACCUGCCCCCAGAGGACGCCAUCGGCCUGUUGGACCUGGCCACAUCCUACUGUGAGAACCGUCUGAAACGUCUGUGUCAACACAUCAUUAAGAGAGGAAUCACCGUGGAGAACGCCUUCUCUCUGCUCUCUGCCGCCGUGCGAUACGACGCUGAGGACCUGGAGGAGUUCUGCUUCAAGUUCUGUGUGAACCACCUGACAGAGGUGACCCAGACUGCAGCCUUCUGGCAGAUUGAUGGCAACAUGCUCAAAGAGUUCAUCUGCAGAGCCAGCCGYUGUGGGGCCUUCAAAAACUGACUGACCACUWACCAGCCCCGAAGGAAGGACGAGGAAAGGGCUAGCAUGAACUGGUUUGGCUUGACACUACUUGGCCAUGGUAGAAAGGACAAAGAAGGAAAUGGUAUGAACWUGGAAACGGCUAGCUUGAACCGGAUCUCUAAAUUGCCAUAUUAUUCAUCCAUUGAGACAAUGUCUGGAGUGGUCAUCUGGYGWGGUCAUCWGGUGACUAUGGCUCACCUCCAGUUACACAGCCAAAGAAGCCAAAGCCAGUCCCUGCCUAUGCACCUAAUAUUCCACGCGGACAGGUGGCACUGUGGGGAGGAAGUUCCUUUACCAGUCAAAACAGUGACAUCAAAGUUCAUUGUCUGUCACUGCAUGUUUACAAACCUGCUAAAUGCAUCAGACUGCUCAUUUAGCGUCAGUUUAAUUUGAGGACCAUAGAUCUAGCUUAAGAUGGACACUGUUACAUGCCUGACAAUGUCUGGUGACAGCCGAGGCAGGUCAUGGCAGUCAACCCCCCAAUUUGCAGAUUAUUUUAUUUUUUUGCAUCAAAGCUGUGUACAUUGCUCUACUGUUGAAGGGUUGGAUGUAGCUGGCCAGAAAUAUAUUUUACAGGGUUUGUGGAUGUUUUGAGGAAAUGACAGUUUCAAUAUGAAUUGUUAAUAUGCUGUGUACUGACAAAGUAGAGCAGAGCUUGUCAUUUAUUCAUUCAGGCACAUUAAUUCUCGAGACUUGAGAUGACCAUGGUGAUGCAAUGCAACAAUGAGCAGGAACUUGGUUUUCAACUCUUCAGUUCUUUUACCAGACAGAAAACAAAACAUUUGGACCAUAUACAACUUGUUACUCUGUGUGAAAUCUUUUAUUCUUACAAAAAUAGAUAUCUACAUUUUUUACUAUUAUUGCAUUCCUUUGGUUGAGAUUACCUACCCCUCCACCCCAGCAUUUCCAAUCAUUCUGCUGCUUUGAAUAUUGUUUUAAUGGUUUAACGUUCAUUACUACAUUCUAAUUUACUUUGAAGCGAGUGUUUGUACUGAAAUUUAAAUUCAACGCAUUGUAUUCUUAGAUUAUAAUUUUUUCAGAAAUAAUUUGUUGCUUAUGUUUAUUUUUGAAAUAUUUACAAUUAUUUAGGAUGGAAACAGUUGCUAUUGGUGCCACAAUUCAACAUGUUUAUCGACUUGCAAGUCAUGAGAUGCAACCACUUUGAAAUAAACAAAACUACAUUAUUGUAUACAA